GUGUAUCCAGCAGGGGGAGCGCCGGAGCUCUUGUUGACGUGGAGAAGGAAAAGACAUGGCGGCGCCCAUGACCGAGCAGGUAGACGGAGGUGAUGCAUUGCUCUCACCAGCACUGUCAGACAGUGAUUCCGACCCGGUUUCGGAAGAUGGGAGACUACCGGAGUACGUGGUUGAGCUGGUGGACAGGGAGAUCGGCGGGGACCUGAAAUCUCUGAAGAAAGUUGGUGCGCUUCUGGAGAAACUGACGGCGGAAAACAAGCUUCUGGAAGAACAGUCAGAGGUGGAUGAAGGAUUGACUACCGGUUACCCUCAGUCUGUUCAGGUGCUGACGGUGUCGAGCUCGGUGCCGCUGCGGGUUUCGUCGGCACUGUCGGAGGCGGAGCAGUCCAGGCAGGAGGCGGAGUCUCUGCUGCAGAGAGAAAGGAUGCUGUCCAACACCUUGCAGCAGCACCUGCAGGGAGCUCAGCCCUGGGCGGACAGCCUGGGCCAGGUCCUGGGGCAGCUGGACACCAUCGACCGACACAUGAAGUACCUGCAGUGCCUGGCCCGCAUUGAAGAGCUCAGUGACAGCAUCCAGCAGUGCCUGAUGACGAACAGCGUGUGGGAGGCGGUGGGGGCCGUGGACGGCAUGGCCAGCCUGGACCUGGGCCUGCAGGAGUCCGGCUGUGCCCACCUGCAGGCCUUCCUGAGGGAAACGCUGGCCUUCUGGCACAAGAUCCUGAAGGACCGGCUGGCUGGUGACCUACAGGAAGUGCUCACUCAGCUUCACUGGCCCUUCCUCUCCCCCCCGGUGGAAUCUCUGUCGCCCCCUCCCAACGUUCAGGAGCUCUACAGCCAGUUGGAGCUGCUGGUACCUCAGCUUCUGUCUCUGCAGACUUCGGAUGAUCUCAUCUCAGAGAAGAAGCCACACCCCUCCAGGGCGGGCCUGCCUCCGGACACGCCCCUCUCGCUGCCAAUCCAGAUCAUGAUCCUGCCCCUCAUCAAGAGGUUCCGCUACCACUUCACCGGAAACCGCCAGACCAACUCAUUGAACAAGCCCGAGUGGUACCUGACUCAGGUGCUCAUGUGGAUGGGGAACAACUCCAAGUUCAUGGAGGAGAAAAUCCAGCCCAUCCUGGACCGAGCCGAUGCCAAAAUAAACGCAAAGGCGGAGCUGUGCCGCGGGCUCCUCUCCCUGGCCCAGGAGAAGCUGGCCCACGACGCCCCGCGGCUGCUCUACGACGACACCCUCUUCUGCCACCUGGUAGACGAGAUCCUGCAGUUCGAGCGAGAGCUGCGCACUACCCACUCAUAUCCCAGCAUGCUCCCCGGCGCUCUGCACAUCCUCCUGGAGGAAGCAGUCUUCCAGAAGUGGCUCACCGUGGAGCGCAAGAUGGCAGUGGAGAAGGUUGACGCCAUGCUGUCUGCAGAAGGAGCCUGGAGCUCUCAGUACAGAGACAUUAGCGACAUGGACGAGCUGAAAGCCCCAGAGUGCGCAGAGACGUUCAUGACCCUGCUGCUGGUCAUCACAGACCGGUACCGCUCGCUGCCCUGCUCUCGGGCCCAGCUCAGCUUCCUGGCCCUGCAGAGGGAGCUGGUGGACGACUUCCGGAUCCGGCUGACGCAGGUCAUGAAGGAGGACUCCCGCUGCCCCCUGGGGUCCCGCUACUGCGCCAUCCUCAACGCCGCCAACUACAUCUCCACCGUGCUCGGCGACUGGGCCGACAACGUGUUCUUCCUGCAGCUGCAGCAGGCUGCCGUGGCCCUGGGGGAGGAGGUGUGGGGGCCCCUGGGGGCCACCGAGGUGGGGCGGCUGGCCUCCCUGGAGGGCUCGCUGUUCGAGGGGCUGCUGGGACUGCUGGAGAGGCUGCGGGGCGACAUGCUGGGGCGCCUCCUGGAGGCCGUUAUGAGGGAGGUGCGGGAGAAGGCCCAGCCCUACAUCCGGGACAGGUGGCUGUCCCUGCCCUCGCAGCUGGACCAGGCCACCAUGUCCCUGUCCAGCUCGGCGUGUCCCAUGAUGCUCUGCCUGCGCGACAGACUGCUCCAGCUGCAGCAGCUGCUCUGCCUGCCGCUCUUCCAGAGCUUCUGGCAAAGCCUCGCCGAGCGGCUUGACCAGUUCCUGUACCAGGACGUGAUCCUGUACAACCACUUUAACGAGGGCGGGGCGGCCCAGCUGCAGUUCGACAUGACGAGGAACCUCUUCCCCCUGUUCGGCCACUACUGCAAGAGGCCCGAGAACUUCUUCAAACACGUGAAGGAAGCCUGCAUCAUCCUGUCGCUCAACAUCGGCUCCGCCCUCCUCCUACGGGACGUCCUGCAGCGGGCAGAAGAGGAGGAGGAGUCCGUGACCCCUGACCCCCAGCGCCCCUCCCCGGAGUCCGCCCUCAACGAGCUGGGGGUGUACCGGCUGGCGCCCUGCGAUGUCCAGAUCCUCCUGAGCUUGAGGGCGUCCUGGCCGGGCCAGUGACCACCUUCACCGCCCCCCCCCCAACCCUGGUUUGGGGGGGACCCUGUGACUGACAAAGCAGCAGAUCACAUGAUCGAGCCAACACAAGCCGUUUUCCCGUUAAACAUUGUGUGUGCGAGACGAGCCUCGUGACCACUGACUGAAGUCAUCUGUCUGAUUGGCACUUUGUGGACUGGGGAGAACGCACUGAUGAAGGGACUUAAACACUACCAGAGCUAGCAAUGUCAUAGUCGUUCCGCCUUGUCCAAGUGAGAAAUGUGUGCUGUGUUUGGACAGCUGUUAUGUGUGGUCCUCCUCUUUACCACAAUGCAGCAGCGCUUCAUGUGGACUACAUGCAAAUGGACUUGAAAGUCAGAAUAAAUACCGUACAUCUAUAAUUAAUAAAAAUGAAGUGUGCCCUUAUGCGAAUGAA